UUGGCGUAGCUCGCAAUGUGCUGGAGAAGAUCUCCUUGUGGCGAGGUGACAUCACACGUCUCGAAGUUGACGCCAUUGUCAAUGCGGCCAACAACGGGCUGCGUGGAGGUGGUGGAGUAGAUGGAGCCAUUCAUCGAGCUGCUGGCACAGCUGAGCUUCAAAAGGAGUGUCGAGCUAUUGGCCACUGUGAUACAGGUGCUGCUGUGAUAACAAGCGGAUGCAAGAUGACUCAUAUCAAAAACAUAAUACACACAGUCGGUCCGCAGUGUUCUGGUAACGUUGCAUCCGCGAAUGAUCGUGAGAAGUUGGUGUCUUGCUAUCGAUCAUGCCUUGAUUUGGCUUUGGAGAACAAACUUAAGAGCAUCGCGUUCUGCUGCAUCUCGACAGGAGUCUACGGAUAUCCUCAAGAAGACGCUGCGAAGACUGUUGUCAGUUUUCUCACCGAAUGGUUGUCAAAUCCUGAGAACGCGAUGCAUAUUGCGCGUAUUGUUCUCGUACUGUUCAAUCCUGUUGAUGUGGCUGCUUACGAGAAGUUCUUCGAUGAGUAUGCUAAGUCGCAAAAGU